AUGAGCGCCACUCAAGGCACUGUGUUGCCAUUCCUCUACCCUUGCCUCUUCCGUGCUGCAUCUCCAGCCGGCUACCGCACGAGGCCAGUCGCCAAAGCAUACCGCACCCUCUCUCGGUCCUUUCAUCAAUCGCAAUGCCAGCGAAAAUCCCUAGCUGAGACGAACACCGAUCGAAGAGCAGCUGCGCAAGACCCGCCUCCCGUGUCAGCACACUCACGACUGAAUCCUGCUCCUGAAGAUUACUCCCGUAAUAUCUUCGUCGACAAAUGCACGCUCAACGUACAUACGGGUUCCGGAGGCAACGGUUGUGUUUCUUUCCAGCGGGAAGCCUACAUCCCCGACGGUCCUCCUAACGGCGGUGAUGGUGGCUCUGGUGGCAACGUCUGGAUCCAAGCAGUAGCCGGCCAGACCAGUCUACACAAGCUCGCACGUAGAGGCGUCGUCAAAGCUGGGCGCGGUAUUGGUGGUCAAGGAAAGAGUCAGGGUGGUAAGAAGGGAGAAGAUGUCUGUAUACAGGUGCCUGUUGGCACAGUCAUCCGAGAAACAUGGCGCAGCGAUCCGGUCGCCGAAGAGGAGGCGCGCUUUCGAGAAAUGGAACCUUCUGAAGCGCCCCUCCGCAACAAAUAUCUCAUGUACGCUGGUACUACAGGCAAAGAAGCUGUAAACGUGGCCUCAAGUAUGCCUCCACCAUCCAAACCGCGGCGCAGUCCGCUUUGUGUCCUCGAGCCUGGAAACCCAAUCCAUCUCGAUCUCGACAAACCCAUGGAGAAGCCCAUCUUGCUCGCAGCGGGUGCUGUUGGAGGCCUGGGCAACCCACACUUCACAACGAAAGACGAGCCAAAACCCAAGUUCGCUACCAAAGGCGAGCUGGGAGUCCGGCUCAAGCUCGAGUUGGAACUCAAACUCCUUGCCGAUGUUGGUCUUGUAGGCCUGCCCAACGCCGGCAAAUCCACCCUGCUCCGGAGCAUCAGCAACUCCCGCACCCGCGUCGGCAGCUGGGCAUUCACCACUCUGGAGCCAAGCAUCGGCACCGUCGUCCUCGACGACCACACCGGCCGCCCAACCAUCCGCAGUGGCGUCGAAGGCGAAGGACAGCGCGAAAGCUUCACCGUGGCCGACAUCCCCGGACUCGUGCAGGACGCGCACCUCGACCGCGGCCUGGGCCUCGGCUUCCUGCGCCACGUCGAGCGCGCCCGCAUCCUCGCAUUCGUGGUCGACCUCAGCGCCGGAAACGUGGUGGCCGCGCUGCAGAACCUGUGGAAAGAGGUCGGCGAGUACGAGAACCUCCGCAACGUGGAAAUCAACCAAGAAACUCAACAGAGCGGCACCAUUCAAUGGCAGGGAUUCGCGGCGGGCAAGACAAACCCGCUGUUCACGAGUGGAGAGCAAGAGGAAGAGGAGAUGAUCGUCUAUCCAGAACCCCCGCGGAAACUGGAGCCCCUGAAGCUGCCGCCCAUCAGCGCGAAGCCCUGGUUCGUCGUCUGCACAAAGGCCGACGUGGAGGGCACCCAGCACGAGUACAUGAAGCUGAGGAAGUACAUGGAGGACGUCGAGGCUGGGAGGGUAACCCACCCCAGCGGGAAACAGAAUGCGUGGCGUGAGCGCAUCGCCGCUAUACCGGUGAGCGCCAUCCGAGGGGAGGGCACGAGCAGGAUUGCCGAGUGGACGGCAGGUCUGCUGGAUAGCAUGGCGGGCGCGGGCCGGCCGGCCGAAGUGGUGGGCUCACAGCGGAGGGGGAGGGUCAUUGAGGCCGUGUAA